AUGGUCGAGAUACUGACAUCGCAAGUUUUUUCCAAAGAUUUUAUUCAUGAGGCCUUAAUGGAAUUUAUUGGACGAUAUCCAAAGUGGUUGAGAGGGAACAGAGACAAAUUAAGCAAGGCAAAGAACAAAUAUGAGCAUUACGAGAAGCAGCUUGGCCUAAUGGUUAACCUUACUGUGGUUUAUGAAAACGAGCCUCAGGAAUUCUCCAAGAUUAUUAACAUCAUGCAAAACAUACAAGAAUGUGGUAUGCCUCCCAGUGACAUUAUUGCGGAUAUCUUUCCUGGUCUCGAUCUGAGUACCAUGGGACAAUGGUAAGUCAUGUGUCUCUUUUCUGUUAGGUCUUCAUCCGUGGCUGUCAUUUCUAACCUAAGAAAUCAACUUGGAUUU